ACCGCAAAGGAGAAUCGGCCGAGGGUUUCGCUUUUCAAUUCUUUGCGAAGUUCAAACGAACAUUUUUCAUUUCCAACUUCGAAAAUGUUCGGAUCUCAGUCUUCAGCACCGGCCUUUGGCACUCCAUCUUCAACUCCGGCCUUCGGCGCUUCGUCUUCAACCCCGGCCUUCGGUACUCCCUCCUCUAACCCAGCCUUCGGCACUCCGUCUUCAAACCCGGCCUUUGGCACUCCAUCUUCGACUCCGGCAUUUGGAACACCAUCAUCCGGUUCUCUUUUCGGCAAUGCAUCUUCGGCCUCAGCCUUUGGGGCUCCGUCAACACCGUCUUUCAACACCGGCUUCGGUUCUUUGCUCUCGACUCCUUUUUCUUCACAAACUCAGCCACAGCAGAACUCAUUGUUUCAACAGCAGAGUCCGUUGUUUCAGCAGCAGACGCAGUCAGCGGGUGGUUUUGGUUUUCAGACUCCGUUCUCGACGCCUCAGUCCUCUCUUUUUCCUAAUUCGCAAUUGACUACUCAAAUGGCUCCUGUUGCUCCUAUUUCGUUCUCUCUCGCCGAUCGCGACAUUCAAACAAUUGUUGAAGCUUACAAGGAGGAUCCUGCAAACCCUAAAUAUUCUUUUAAGCAUUUGCUGUUCAGUGUCACCGAUGCCCAGUAUAGAGUGAAGCCUGCUGGUGUAUCGGAUAUUAUGUGGGCAGAGGCUAUGAGAAAGCUUGAGGGUAUGGAAAGUACAGACCGAGAACGGUUAUGGCCUCAGCUUGUUCAUGGUUUCAAGGAUCUUUCACAACGCCUAAAGCUCCAAGAUGAAGUCAUUGUUUCAGAUGCUGAGAGAUUGCGAAUGACCCAAAGCAAUGUGAAGAUGCUUCAAAGACAUUUUCAAGCAGACACCCUUCCGAGAAUCCAAAGAAUGAGACAAAAAGAGCAAGGUCUUCAAAGGCGCCUUUUGAAGGUAAUGAAAAUAAUGGAGGCAUUGGAGGGAAAGGGUUGUCGUCUGCCUUUAACAAAAGGGGAAGCUGAACUUGCUGAGAAAUUAGCUGCAAUUGCAAGACAGUUAAAAGGAGCUGGAGCAGAGCUUUCUAGAAGGGUACAGAACCUGCUUGCCAUGUCGCGUGUCCAAGAAUAUUCUAUUAUUGGUGGUGGUUCUGUCUAUCUUCCGGGAUCAACCAAAAUACAUGACCGGAGUCUUGCUGAUAUGCAAGAGGUAUUACAACAGCAGACUGAAGCGAUUGCAAGACUGGGCAAUGUUUUGAAGAGAGAUAUGAGGGACAUGGAGAUUAUAAUGGCUGAGGACACAGAUAUGAUAGAUGAUUAAAGUCUAAUCGAAAUCUCAUUAUCAUCUUAUUACUGGCGCUAUAUGGAUGCUUUCAGUCACUUGACUCGGCCUAUUAAUUCAGCCCCAGCCAACCUUGUGUUUAGUUUUAUUUACAUCCCUCUCUUCUCAUCAUUUAAUGUUCCAUUUUUUAUGUUUGGGUGGUCUUGUUUUGAGAGAUUUAUCAUUUUUGGCCUGAGAGGUUGACAACAGCAGAAUAUGCAAUGUUGGUUCCUUUCGAGACCGGAGGGAUUACAAUACUAACACUAACAUGCAGGGGCUAACCAUAUAUAUUGUCAUGUAUAAUUUUGAUAUUUUUGUAUGUUGACUAACUCACUAGAGUAUGACGUUACCUCCUGGCACUAUUAAGCUUAUUAUUGGGAGUGGUUGUAGCUUUUGCAAUUCGAAUUUGGGCCAUUAAAAUGAACUUUCCCAAUAGGCCCAAGUUGCAAAUUGAAGUUUGUGUGGAAGCUGCAAGUUGUAAUUUGCUUUAAGAGCAAGUUGACGUUUAAAUGGAAUGGACCCAUAGACUUCUUUCUACGCCCAUACUAAAAAUGGGCAAAUAA